AUGGCGAGUCCUAGGAGCGGGACGCUGAGGAGCGAGUGCUCCCCGCACGGCGCCUGCUCAGCGUUUUUAACCUUCCUUCGCUGUGGCAGCAGUUUCUCUGACCAACCGCGCUCUCAUUUGUGUUACUUUGAUGAUCUUCAUGCAGUGGACUCCGUUUCCGGGAAGGUGUUCUUCACCGCUGAGGCAGAGCUGUGCGACCUGAAGAAGCUCAAGUCCGGAGAACGGUUGUUCCUGCUGCUGAAGAGACACGCGCCCCUGCUCGUCUCCAGAAAUAAAGGGAAAGCAUUAUAUGAAAUUAAAAGCUUUGUUACUGAGGAACCAAGAAACUGGCUUGAUAUUAUCUCUGUUUGGAAAAAUCUUCAUGGACACAAGGGGAAACAGGAUCAUUUCUCUCAAGAAAAGCCCUUGCCUCUCAAGAGAAAACCAGAAGAAGAAGUGAAUAUUGCAGCUAAAAGACAGAGGACAGAUCCUCUUCCUGAGGAGUGUCAAGCAGGAGCUGAGGAGAGCUGCGUGGGGACAAAGAGCAAUCAGGACUUCGGGGCAGAAAGCAAGACUUCUAGAGAAGAACCUUCCAAAAGCAGUGAAGAGAAAGUCAUUGACAACGAGAAGCACACCUUCAGUUUCAGAGUUUCUUGUCGCUGUAGUGGAGCAAUUGCCAAAAUACUUACUUCACAAGAGAUUGGAAGAGCAAUUGGCAUAGCACUUAUGAAGCAGUUUGGAUGGAGGGCUGACUUGCGGAAUCCUGAUCUAGAGAUUUUUGUGCAUCUAAAUGACAUUCACUCUGUCUUGGGAAUUCCUCUUUUCAGGAUUCCAUUGGCAAACAGGGAGUAUAUCCAAACAGCAGGACUACGAUCAACGAUUGCAUGGGCCAUGGCAUCUCUGGCUGAAAUCAGUGCUGGUGCAUUUGUGCUGGAUCCGAUGUGUGGGUUAGGAACAAUCCUGCUGGAAGCUGCAAAAGAGUGGCCUGAAGCCUGUUACUGGGGCGCUGAUAUAAGUGACUCACAGUUAGAGGGUGCAUAUACAAAUAUUAGGAAUGCAGGCUUGAUGGAUAACAUUGAGUUACUUAAAGCUUCUGUGAAAGCACUGCCACUGCCUUCAGAAAGCUUUGACACUGUGAUUUCUGAUAUUCCAUUUGGCAAGAAGUUCAAGAUCACAGAAGAGGCACUGUACCUACCAGGCAUUCUCUGGGAGAUGGAGAGAGUACUUCGUGUUGGAGGGACCCUUGUUUUGCUGCUCAGUCAAGACCUCCGUAAGGACAUGGAUGAGAUGCUGAAGCCUGUUGAAAGCAAUGGGUCUCCUAAAGCUGUUUCUGAUGGUGCAAAUGAAACCGCCACCUUGAAAGCCUUGGAUGUCAAUGGGAAUUCUUCCUCUGUGGUGACUGAUGCUGAAGAAGCCUUUCCUAGCAGCAAACAGAUGUGUUUUGGGUCACUGGUGCCAGAUGGCAUCUAUGGGGUUAGCCUGGGAAAGACAGAUGCUUUCAUAUACAAAUACAAGAAGAUCUCUACUGCUGGGAGUCACCAGCUCUCUUGUACUGUGCCCGAGUGAACUGGAAUCCCGAUGCACUGGAAA